AUGCUGCAGGGAGGGGCGAAUGAGGGGGGCCAUGAGGGGGAGAAGGUGAGAUGGGGGGAGCAAACGUCAGGAGAGCAAGCAUCAGGUGCGAAGGCGCCUGAGGAAAAGUUGCAGCGAGGUAGUGAGAGAGGGGAGGAUUGGAGGCAGGAGAUGAGGCAGGGGAGCAGCGCCAGUGGUGGUGGUGGGGGACGGGGAGCAGAUGGGGUAAUGAGCACUCUGCCUCCUCACAACCUCAUGCUGUGCUCACCUGACGGCCCUGUGUCGUGCCCACCUGGGAAUCCCAUGGCAUGCCCUGCUCACGACCCUGUGCCAAGCGCAGAAGCGACAGUACCGUGCACUGACAAGGCCUCAACACUGCCCAUGGCACCUGAGAGCCACCCUGAGAGCCGCCCUGAGAGCUGCCCUGAGAGCUGCCCUGAGAGCUGCCCUGAGAGCUGCCCUGAGAGCUGCCCUGAGAGCUGCCCUGAGCAUUUCUCUGAGCGUCGCUCUGAAGAUGGCUCUGCUGUGCCUCGGGAACAGCUGGCUGAACGUGGCAGCGAUACCCCUGGCUGCCCCCCACUGGGACUGGUUGCAGAGGCAGAGAGACCAGGCAGUGACCCGUCUCCCUCUCAUGCUGCAACUGCUCAUGCGAAUCAUGCAGGUGCUGCUGCUGAUGUGGACCCGCCCGCGCCGUCCCCCACCAGCACUCCACCGCCCCGUCAGCAGGAGGGUCCACGUCAGCAACAACCUAGUUGCGACACUUCAGCACAAGCAGAUCCAGGCAAUGCCACGGUCACAACAGAGGAAGCAAGGGAUGAAGAGGUUGCUGCUGUUCCAUACCAUGUGCUUGCCGCUCGUGUGUUUGCGGAAUUGCGGGGAUUGAUGCUCGAUACCCACGUGGCUCAUGAGGACUUGGAAGCAGUUGUGAAUGAGGCGGUGAUGACGUGGCAUCCUGACGUGCGGGCAAUGGCGCGAGAGAACGCGUGGGAUGCGGCGAAGGGGACGAUUGCAAGGGUGGAAUGGAAGAUUGGCACUUCAAUUUUGGCUUUGCGGAAGAAGCUAAAGGCUCUUAAAGCCGUGUUGAUCGCCAUGGAGGAGGAGGCGAUAGAGCGAGCCGUGCUGGCGUACCUGCGUCGCAAGGGCUAUAAGAAUGCUGAGCUGGCGUUUAAAGACGACUCUAAGACCCAGUCGCUCGAUGCGCUCGUUACGGUUGGCGGGAAGGCCGCAGCUGCUGAGCUGGACAAGAAUCUAGCCAAUCAGAUUAUGCUUUACAGCAGGUCGGAGAAGGCGCCAGCGUGCUAUGUGGAAGGUUACAGGAAGCUUCGCGCGUGGGUGCAUUCCUCCCUGGACCUCUACAAGAACGAGCUGCUACGCGUGCUGUAUCCGGUGUUCGUGCACGCCUUCCUCGAGCUCGUCGCGCAGGACCACCCCGACGCGGCGCGCGCGCUCAUGGAGGCGCACGGCGCGGACCACGCGCGCCUGCACGCCAGCGACCUCGCGCAGCUCGCGGGGAUCAGCUCCGCGCAGCACGCGCAGGAGAGCCCCCUCGCGCGCGCCUUUCGGGAGAACAAAGCCGUCAUCCGCAUGUGCCAGUACUCAUUCGACCUGUUGCUGCAGUUCCUGCACGCCGCUGACCUCAUGGCCAUCCUCGCGCUCGUCAACCGCCACAUCCACAUCAUCGUGCAUGCGGGGCGGCCAGCAGCUCAGGAGGAGGAGGAGGACGAGGCAACGGGCAUGGUGUCAAGCGCAGGGGCGGACGGGGGGGGCAUGGGGGGGGGCAUGCUGGCGGGGGUGGUGACAGGGGCGACGCACGAGGCGGUGAGGCGCAUGGGGCAGCGCGAGGUGCUGUGGGGCGCGCUGGAAGACGGCGUGGAGCACCGGCUGGAGCAGGAGAGAGAGAGGGAGGCUGAGAAGGAGGAGGGCGACGAGGGCGAAGGGGAGGACGGCAAGAGGCGUGUGGGUGGUGUGGCGUGUGCGUUUGAGAGGCGUGUGGGUGGUGUGGCGUGUGCGUUUGAGAGGCGUGUGGGUGGUGUGGCGUGUGCGUUUGAGAGGCGUGUGGGUGGUGUGGCGUGUGCGUUUGAGAGGCGUGUGGGUGGUGUGGCGUGUGCGUUUGAGAGGCGUGUGGGUGGUGUGGCGUGUGCGUUUGAGAGGCGUGUGGGUGGUGUGGCGUGUGCGUUUGAGAGGCGUGUGGGUGGUGUGGCGUGUGCGUUUGAGAGGCGUGUGGGUGGUGUGGCGUGUGCGUUUGAGAGGCGUGUGGGUGGUGUGGCGUGUGCGUUUGAGAGGCGUGUGGGUGGUGUGGCGUGUGCGUUUGAGAGGCGUGUGGGUGGUGUGGCGUGUGCGUUUGAGAGGCGUGUGGGUGGUGUGGCGUGUGCGUUUGAGAGGCGUGUGGGUGGUGUGGCGUGUGCGUUUGAGAGGCGUGUGGGUGGUGUGGCGUGUGCGUUUGAGAGGCGUGUGGGUGGUGUGGCGUGUGCGUUUGAGAGGCGUGUGGGUGGUGUGGCGUAUGCGUUUGAGAGGCGUGUGGGUGGUGUGGGCACGGGAUGCAUGGGGCAGCGCGAGGUGCUGUGGGGCGCGCUGGAGGACGGGAUGGAGCACUGGCUGGAGAAGGUGAGGGAGCGGGAGGGCGAACGAGAGGAGGGCGAGGACGGCGGCAGGGAAGGCGAGGGGGAGGACGGCAAGAAGCGGGCGGCGGACGGCAAGGCAGCAGCAGGGGCGCCGGGCGGCAAGAAGGGCAAGAAAGACAAGGCGGGGGAGAAGGACGCGCUCAAGGGGGGCGCGGGGGGCGGAGCAGGAGGGGCAGUGGGGGCAGGGGGCGGCGCUGGAGGAAAAGGGGGGAAGGCGGGGGAGGGCAAGGGGGCGGGGGGGGCUGCUGCGAUGGCUGCCACGCGUGUGGCAUCGCACCUGCCUCUCCCCAAGAUGAGGGAGGAGGCGGAGAAACAGGUGUUUGACGACUUGAGGCGGCGCGUGGCGCUGGGAGCGCAGGCGCUGCCGUCUGUGUGCUGCUACACGCUGCUGCAUGCGCACUCCAGCAUGACGUCAGUGUCGGUUGCUCCUGAUGGUGCACUGCUGGCUGCAGGCUUCAAUGACUCCUCCAUUAAGGUGUGGGACAUGCGAUCCAUUGGCUCCUCCCCCUUGCCACAAGCCGCAAGAUGUCUCGACACCUCAGCAGCAGCGGAAGCCCCAGCCAUGCAGCACACCCCACGUGGCCAACCCACAGCCACCACCACACCCACCACCAGCACCCCCAACACCACCAGCAAGCGCUACAUGGCACUGAGGGGUCACAGUGGCGCCGUGCACACAACCUCCUUCAGCCCCUCAGACGACCGCUUCCUACUCUCCGCCUCCUCUGACGCCUCGGUGCGCCUGUGGCACCUGGGGCUGGGCGCGUGCCUGGUGGCAUACCGCGCGCACUGCUACCCUGUGUGGGACGUGCAGCACUCGCCAGUGGGCCACUACUUUGCGACGGCGUCGUAUGACCGCACGGCACGCGUGUGGAGCAUGGAGCGCUCGUACCCGCUGCGCAUCAUGGCAGGCCACCUCUCCGACGUGCAUGCGGUGCGGUGGCACGCCAACUGCAACUACAUCGCCACGUGCUCCAGCGACAAGACGCUGCGCCUGUGGGACGUGCAGACGGGCGAGUGCUGCCGAGUCUUUGCUGCCCACCGCUCGCCCGUGUACGCACUCGCCACAUCCCCGGACGGCCGCUUCCUGGCGUCGGGGGAUGAGGGAGGUGCCGUGCUGCUGUGGGACCUGGGUACAGGCCGCUGCAUCGCCCCGCUGCUGGGGCACACUGGCUGUGUGUGGACGCUCGCCUUCAGUGGGGAGUCGGCAGUGCUGGCGUCGGGGGCAGCGGACGACACAGUGAGGCUGUGGGACGUGGCUGCUGCCAGCAAGCUCGCUCCCAACGAGGCCAAAACAUCGGUGGGGCGGCGGUUGCGCCUUCUCAAGACCUUCCCCACCAAGUCAACACCCAUCUCAGCCCUGCAGUUCACGCGGCGCAACCUGCUUGUGGCAGCUGGGGCCUUCAAACACUCUGACCCCGCAUCUUGA